GUCCUGAUAGCUGUAUCAGCAGUAUCACAUUUAAACUUUGGACAAUCAUCUUUUUUUCUUUCAAUAAGUGUAAAGGAUACAUUAGAUUAAACAUGACAUGUGCAAGUCUUCACACUUUUGGUUUCAUUGUUGUAGUGCUGAUUACCGUUUCGUGUAAAGCAUUUGAGUCAAAAAGUCCACCUGUAAUUGUUAUAAACAACACGACAGUGGCGAAUGGACAAACGGUAAGGUUGUCACCGUUUGUCAAUAAAGUCCUAAUCAAAUGUACAGCAACAACUGAUGCGCGCAGUGUCACAAUGAAAUGUCGUGAUUUGUCCUACACCAUCAACGAAUACAGCGGAACAUUUGAACUGACGUACAACAGAUACUAUGACGGGGCAAAAUGUACCUGCACCACGGAUUCAGAUAUGUCCUAUUUAUAUGACAAAGGCGCAUAUUUCUUCAUCGAAAUUGGUAACUCAGGCGUCAGAGCUGUAAUCGGCAAUGUCCUGUUGAUGACAUUACUAGUCCUGGGCAGGACAAUCCUCGUCUGGUCUACAUCAUGAGACAGCUUUCUGUGACCGUCUUUAUGGAAUAUGGAAUCCAAAUAUUUAAAUCAUUUUAUCUGGUUUU